GCGUACGCAGGCCCCCACUGCCACAAAUUAUGACGUUGGCUCUCCCACUUUGGGGAGACCAUAGGCGGGCACCCCUCCUAAGUGCAAUGGAGGCCACCAACCCAGGCCAUGGGCCUUCUUGAUCACCCAUAGACCCCGUCCAGGUAAGUAUGGAGUAAGUUCCCUCCCCCUCCUAUUUUCUACUCUCUCCCCUCUCCCCAUUCUCCUUCCCUCCGUCGAUGUGGGACUCAAUCCAAUCUUACAAGUCCCAACAACAACAACCGACUCAAACUCUAAAUCCUAAACCCGCACAAAAAAAAGCACAAAGCACACAGUCUCACAGUCUACUAUUUGCUGAAGAAGCUUGAAAUUGAUGAGGGGACUGCUCAAAUCCUUCACUAGGGUUGGAGGAGGUGUUAGGGGUUAUAGCUCGGCGAGGAAGGACCUUCGGAUUGAGGGGGUUAAGCAUGCCAUUGCUGUCGCUUCUGGUAAAGGCGGUGUGGGAAAGUCCACCACUGCAGUUAAUCUGGCUGUUGCACUUGCUAACAAGUGCCAGAUGAAGGUUGGCUUGCUUGAUGCUGACAUAUAUGGACCAAAUGUUCCCAUAAUGAUGAAGCUCGACAGAAAGCCAGAAGUGACUGACGAUAAAAAAAUGAUUCCAAUCGAGAGCUAUGGAGUCAAGUGUAUGUCAAUGGGACUUCUUGUGGAUAAGGAUGCCCCACUUGUUUGGAGAGGUCCUAUGGUAUCAAGCGCUCUUGAAAAAAUGACUAGGGGGGUUAACUGGGGAAAUCUUGAUAUUCUUGUGGUAGAUAUGCCUCCUGGCACUGGUGAUGCUCAUAUAACCCAAAGGCUGCAAUUAUCAGGUGCAUUGAUUGUUUCAACGCCUCAAGAUGUAGCAUUAAUGGAUGCCCGUAGAGGAAUUAACAUGUUCUCUAAAGUCGAAGUUCCUAUUUUGGGAAUUGUAGAGAACAUGAGCUAUUUUAAGUGUCCACACUGUGCCGAAUGUUCGUUCAUUUUUGGGGAAGGAGGAUCUCGUAAGACGGCAACUGAGAUGGAUUUGGACUUUGUUGGCGAGAUACCGUUGGAAGUAGGGAUCAGAAAGGGCUCCGACAAUGGCGUGCCAAUAGUAAUAUCAGCUCCUGAUUCUGAUGUCUCGAAGGCAUAUGUGGAUGUGGCUCGGAAAGUUGUAGACAGAUUGGCAAAGGAAGAACAAUCCCGUCCACAGAUUUCCCUUUAAUCACGUCCACAGAUUCCCUUGUUCAUGCCUUUAUAAUCUUUCCUGAGCAUUGUCAUAGAGUUCUAUUAAUCCCUCGAAUGAGUACCGCGGCUGUAUAAAACUGAAUUUAUUCGAAACAGAAGAACAAAAUUAUCAGAAAACUCGUACCAUCGGAUUCUAAUUGAUUAGAACAUUUUCUGAUAAUCUGAAACCUGUAUUGAGCAGAGCUACCGGAAAUUGAAGUGUUGAACCAUUUUUCAUCUC